AUGAUCCCAGCUCAUCUGGUUUUAAAAGCUCACUCGUUGGUCUGCUUCAUCUGUAAGGAUGCAUCCUCCAACUGGGGUUGUCUGGCACCCACUAUAUAUCGAAGUGGUGAAAACAACUGUGUGACAGAAUAUAGCAUUUUCGAAACUGGCGGACAAUCUGGGCAGAGCAUCUCCAAGCGGUUUUCUGUAGAUUGCCCCGGCGGUGUUUCCUGCUGCAGUUUUUCCUUCUGCAACUUCAGCAGUGCCAGCAGUUUGAAAGUCAGCUACUCAGUGCUGGCCAUGGCGCCCUUGGCCAGCUUUGUCUAUGUCAGGGCCGGACUCUGAUCAGGCCAGGAAAAAAGAACUUGAUGCCGUGAAGAACCUGCUCAGGCUUCUCCAACAAGACACCAACCGCCCACUCUGUGCAAACCUAUACAGGGGUUACUGAUGGUGCCCUUUCUUCCAAACUCUCUCUCAGAUCUCCAGAUUGUGGAGAUGCCUGCUUGCACUCUUGACCCAUCAGGAAAUGGUGGAUAAUGUUGGCAGAGUUUCUGCUUUUAUACCCAUAGUACCUGUUGAUGGGGGCUGAUUUAAAAAAAAAAGUCAGGGCUCAUCAAUAAAUGUUUAUCCCAAACCAGCUCAUAAACACCCCUGCCUCUUGCUACUGCAGAGACAUUUCCCAUACACUCAUGCUAGGGAUCAGCACCAGACUGACUCCUGGGAAGGCAUGAUCUAAAAACAAACCUCAGAUACAUUCACCCCCUGGUUCGAUUCUGUUUGUUUACAUUGUUUUGUUUCUCCUGCUCCUUGGCUGACUUUUCUUAUGUAAAAUGAAUGCAGUGCUCACAGUGUGAGCACCACACCUGAAUAAACACAUUCCUGUUCUUGCCUGA